AAAAUACAAUAAAAUAGUGCCAACAUAUUAACAUAUUUGUAUAUGAACAUCCAGACAAUACGGGUUCUAAAGUGAUACUGCAGAAGUGAAAUAAGACUUAAAACCCAACUAUUAUUUAAUUUAUUAUAAUUAAAUAUGUGUAUGUACAUUCGUUGUAAAUAAAGGGACCAUGAAAUAUUACUAAUGCCUAAUCACACUCGUCGUAUUCAUAUUACAUAAUUGCAUACAACAAAACGCUUUUGAAAUAUAUAUUACGAUGAAUAGAAUAUUUACUUUAUUUUGUUACAGUAUUUCACACACUACUUGUAUUUGUUGGAUGAUAUCAAUUAACUUACAUGUAUAGUACUAGUAUAAUAAUGUUGUUGAUAUAUUUAUCUUUUACCAGGCAUGCUUUCAUCAUCAGAGAGUCACAUCUUCCGGAAACAUCAUUGAUCUCGGUUGCCAAUCUUUGACGGUGUGUGUUUCUGCUAAUGGUGGUACUGAGGUUAUCGGACGUUCUGUAAAACAAACACGUCAGGCGGGUCUUUCUGAUUGUUCGGAGUGCUGUUCGACAGACGAAUGCAAUGACCAACUUUGCCUUCACAAGGCCCAAAUUACUUACUCAAAUUGCCUGCAAAAUUCUCUCUUCAAUCUUGGAUGACCGAAUAUGCAUGGUUCAAGGAUGUUUUGGUGGUGGAUGGGCAACUUGGAGUUUGUGGAGCUCUUGCUCAGCCACGUGUUACGGCGGGACCAGCCAACGUUACCGGGAGUGUACCAACCCAUCACCCUCCCCUUACGGACAGCAGUGUCAUGGACCCUACUCAUACUUCAAAGUUUGCAGUAUCUUCUCGUGUCAACCACCAGUACGCAUGACCGAUGGUCGAUUUGAAAUAUUCCUCAACGGCCAAUGGGGGACAGUGUGUGAUGAUUUAUUUGAUCUGAAUACAUACGGUGCUCAAGUUGCAUGCCGGAUGCUCGGACAACCAACCGGUAGUGCUCGUGUGACAGACCCACUAGCUGGACCCAAUACAAUGCCGAUUUGGUUGGAUGACGUCGUUUGUAAAGUAUCUGAACUCACGCUGUUAGAAUGUGACCAUAGACUCAUUGGUUAUCAUAGCUGUACUCAACCCGAGGACGUCGGUUUGUAUUGUGCAUAACUCGUAUGAACUAUAAUAUAAGCACAUGUGCAACUAUGCCAUAAAUAAUAA